CUCCGGGCGGGGCGGUUGGACGGUAUACCAAAUGAGGAUACAAAGGUAGUGAUACAAAUUUCUUUCAGACUUUCAAUGCGCCGCCCAGUCAAAUUGUAAUUAUACAAAUUUCGCAAGUGAUGUGUUUAUUUGGGUCUGAGAAACAUUCUGAGUGAGAACUAGAGUGGAGAUACACAGUAGCCGCAAGGGCAGCAACUCGCCAUCGGCACAACAGAGAUAUAUAAAAUGCCUAGAUCUAGAAUUCUGCAAAUAUUUAGUCGCUGUUCUAAGCAAAGCCGAGUAUUUCUCUUUUAUCGCCAAAGUAGGAGCAUUUCUGCUCUUCCCAACUAUACCCAGCUAGAUGAUCUUCAAGAGCAGGUUUUAGUUGAAGGGAGAUCGAAAUCAAGAGCAGCAAUACUCAAUAGACCAUCUGCACUCAAUUCUCUCACUAGCUCUAUGGUGCCUCGCUUAAAUAGAUUGUACAACUCAUGGGAGGAGAACUCUGAAAUUGGAUUUGUUCUGAUGAAGGGAAGUAAUCAAGCUUUUUGUUCUGGAGCUGAUGUUGUUAUGCUUCAUCAGUUGAUGAAUGAAGGGAAAGUUGAAGAAUGCAAAAUUUUCUUCCAGACACUCUAUAAUUUUAUCUACCUUUUAGGAACAUAUCUGAAACCACAUAUUGCAAUUUUAGAUGGUAUUACAAUGGGAAGUGGGGCGGGUAUUGCCCUUCCUGGAAUGUUCUGCGUUGCAACUGAUCGAACUGUUUAUUCUACUCCAGAAACUCAAAUAGGGUUCCAUCCUGAUGGCGGGGCCUCAUUUUAUCUUCCCCGGCUUCCUGGCUACUUAGGUGAAUAUUUGGCUUUAACAGGUGAAAAGCUUAACGGUGUGGAAAUGGUUGCCUGUGGUCUUGCAUCGCACUACAUACUAAAAGAAAGGCUUCCAUGGAUUGAAGAACGGCUUGGUAAAUUGAUGACAGACGAUCCUUCUGUUAUUGAAAGCUCUCUUGCUCAGUAUGGAGAUCUUGUUUAUCCAGAUAGAAGAAGCUUUCUUCACAAGAUUUAAACUCAGGGAAGAUGAUUGGCAGUGCUAAGAUGUGUUCCGGACUAUAUGUUCUACGUGAUGAAAUUUCAUCCACCAACACAAACCAAAAGUCUGAAAUGAUCGAUAAAUGCUUCAGUCCAGACACAGUUGAGGAAAUAAUUGAAGCUUUGGAAAAGCAGGCAGCUGAGUCGUAUGAUGAAUGGUUUACUUCAACUCUCAAAAAGAUAAAAGCAGCUUCUCCUUUAAGCUUGAAAGUCACUUUGAAUUCAAUUAGGGAAGGGAGAUUUCGGCCACUUGAGCAGUGUCUGACAAGUGAAUAUCGUGUAUCCGUGAACUGGAUUUUGAAGCACGUUUCUGGUGAUUUUUGUGAGGGUGUUCGUGCAAGAUUAAUUGACAAGGAUUUUGCUCCAAAGUGGGAUCCGCCACGAUUGGAGGACGUUACGAAGGACAUGGUUGACGGCUUCUUUGCUCCCCUGGCCGAGUUCGAAUCAGAACUAAACUUGCCAACAUCGAUACGAGAGCCUUUUGCCUAAUCUGUUUGUGCCACUUCACCUUGUAGUUGAGGAGAUUCGGAAGGAUUCAAGUUCAUCUUCAGGUCUUUUGGCGGGCGACAUCAAGGAAAUCAGUUUAUGGUUUUCUCAUAUUUCCUUUUCUUUUGUUAGGCGUUCAGCAAACAAAGUCGCUCACGAACUGGCAAGAGCGGCGAGUUCUAUGUCUGUAGGUCAAUUUUGGUUUAUUGAUCCCUGGGAUGCAUUGCUCAAACUUUGUCUUUUGAUUCUAUUAAUACAGCUUAAGGUGAUUUCUUUUUAAAAAAAACUAGACUAUGAUGAUUUCGGAGAUAUACUAUUCUUAUUUUAAGGGAUGAUCAUAUAAUGCCUCAAGCGGGUAUAUAUUUGUGGCAUAGAGUUAGGUAAUAUUAACUUUUCGAGAGUGUCAUACACUAGAAAUUUUAUCCUAUUUAAGCAUAAU